AUGCCUCCAGCUGCAUACUCAACUUUUCAUACUCAUUCUACAACAGCCUCUGCUUACGUUGCUGCCACUAUGAAUUCACCUAAUACCAAUAACUCUUCAAAUAAAACUCCUAAUAACAGAAGGGUCAUUGAUAAUGAUUAUAGAUAUAAAGUUGUAGAUGAUAUUUGUGCUGAAACAAAUUUAUAUACUAUAAUUGGUGUUGACCGGGGUUGUAGUUCAGAUGAACUUAGAAGAGCUUAUAUCAGUAGGUCCCGGAUCUGUCAUCCUGAUAAAUUUCCUGAAUAUCCAAAAGCAACUGAAGCAUUUCAAAAAUUGGCUUAUGCUUAUGAAACACUGAAUAAACCAUCAACGCGUCGUGCUUAUGAUAUAUCAGGAACUAGUGAUUUAGGUAGUGUCAAUGGUACUGGUGACGAAACGUUACAUGAUGCAUUAAAUGAAGGUAAUCCUGGUCUCAACUUAGGUGAAGAUGCUAUUGAGACUUUGGAAACUGCCUUCCGACGAAUGAGAGAAUUACUUUUAGCUGGUAAAAAAUACGUUAAAAUUGUUCAAUUCGAAUUAAUCCGUCUAUAUGAAAUUCAACAACAACUUCGUGCUCUUUCAUACUUUGAUGUAUUUGGUCGUCUGCGAUUAACCAUCCAACUUGCUCGAAUAACGCUAACAAUACCUUUAUUAAUUGAUAAUUCAAUGAAAGCUGAAUUUGAGCAUUUAGGUGGUAAAUCUGGUAUGAAUAAGGGACUAUUAGGUGAUGGUAUGGCUAAAGUCAUUGCUGGUCUAGUGACUAUUUUGGAUCGAGGUGAAAAGUUUGUAUAA